AUGUUUAACAAUACAGCUUGGAUGAUAAAUAGUACACCUUGUUGGGUUUUUAUUGAAGGUAUGUAUCAAAAAGGGAAUAUUUAAAAAUUGUUGAACUAAAGAAGUGAAGCAAGAAUUCUAUUGUCAGAUGAUAAAAUUUGUGAUGUUCCUGUAAAUCAAAUUCAACGUGCCAGUAAUAGCAAAGCAAUUGAUUUAACAGAAUUACCUUAUAUUAAUGAACCUGAGAUACUCUUCAAAAUAAAAAAUAACGUUUAUCUUGAUAGAUAAGUUCUAAUCUAAAAUGUUAAUACAAACUUAUCCGAUUUCAUUUAAUACAAAAAAUAUAUUGAUGAAAGAUUAAUUAUUAAUCAAGUGCCACCUCAUAUAUUCUCUCUUUUAUUUUUUGCAUAUUUAAAUUUGGAUUUGGGAAAAAGUUCUUAACUUUUUAUUACUGGAAAUUAAGGAUAUGGAAAAACUUAGGUAAUAACUGAUCUUGUAAGUUUUCUAAGUAAGGAUUAUAUUAUAUAUUAUAAUUUAAUCAAAUCUUUAAUCACCAAUAUUGAUGGUCAUACUCAAGGAGUGAUAAAUUAUAGAUUUAUUUUUAAAUAAAAAAAAAUUACAGGCUUUGUAGUUUAAUUGUAUUACAUUGAUAUAUCUGAUUAUCAUAAGAUGCAAUUUUUUUCAUAAAAUUUAGGAGAUAUACCAAAUUCAAAUCUGUAAAAAAUAACAUCAGAAUAAAAAAUUGAAGACGGAUAAUAAUAUUAACAGUUUGUUUAAUAAAUUAUUGAUAUUUUAAAUGGGCUAACUUCAUUAAAUGAUAAUAUUUAGAUGAUAAGUAUUUUAGAUUAUCCAGGAUAAACUAAUUUAAUUACCAAUUAUAUAUCAGAAUUAAUAGAGUAGAUUUAUCUUUAACAUACUUUUAAGAACUGUUAACAAUAAUUAAUUUAAGAUUAACUUUAAGAGUUAUAUAAUCAAAUAUAAUAUGAAGAUAACAAGACUUUUUUGGAUAAUCUUGAAUAAUAAAAUGAAAUUCCUUAAAGUUUAAUGAAAUUGAAAAAUUUAGUUUAAAAAGAUAUCCAAUUAUUAUAUAUAAGAUGCAUUAAGGAUAAACAAGAUUUAAAAUAAUACAGAAUUUUUGAUUCUAUCAAGUUUUUCCAAUCAAGUUAUCCUCAUAGAAUGACUUAUAAUGAAUUUUAUUAAAGAUUUCAUCAUUUAGAUGUAUUUAAUAGAAAAAUUCCACUUCAAAAACAUAUCAAUAGUAAUUAAGAUAUGAAAGCAUUAGUAAGAGAAAUAUCUAAACGAUUAACUUAGUCUAAAGGUCUUUUAUUUGGAUAAAAUUAAGUCUAUUUCAAAAAGGAAGCAUAUGAAAAUAUUAAUAAAUUAUUAUGUUCACAUAAUAAGAAGAUCAACUCCUUUGCAAAAAUUAUAUAAAAGGCCUAUAGAGUAAGAUAAUUUAAAAAUGCUAUUCUGAAAUGUGUUAAAAAGAUUAAAUCUAUUUAAGAUGGAACAAAUUAGUAAUAAGAAUUAUAAUAAACUAUUGAAGAAAAAGAUGAUUAAAAAUAAAAUAGUACUUAAGAAAUUUAAUGGGAAAAUUUGAUUGAAAUUUCUGAUCUUGAUUCCUAUUAAUUAUUAAAUGAAGAAUAAUUAUAAUAGUAUAAAAAGUUAAAAAUUACUUUUUUAUAAUAAAAACAGUAAUGUUUAUUAGAUGGAAAGGAGUAUGAGGAAAUCUAUAAUACAGGUUUUCAAUUAUUAAGUUAGGAAUAAUAAAUUUAAAGAGAGAAAAAUAUUUUAAAUAAAAAGCUUUAAGAACAAUUAAAAGAAUUAGAAGCUAUUGAAAAAGAAGUAUCAGAUUAAGAAUCAUAUUCUUUAUUGACUUUUGAGUAAAAAUUGCAAUAUUUAAAUUUAAAAAAGUAAGAAUAAACAUAAGUUGCAUUUAAUUUGUUAGAUUAAAAUUAAUAGCAUCAGAUAAAAUAAUCAAAAAGAUUAAAGAGAAUGAAAGAGUUCCAAGAUAAAAUUUAUUAGUAAUUGGAACCCUUUUUGAGUGAUUUAGAAGCCUAUAAAUAAUUGACAACAGGAUAAUAAAAUGAAUACAAAAAAUAAAAAUUAGAAAGUAAGAAAAGUGUUUCAAUAUAAUUAUUAAAUGAAUAGUAAUAGUUUAAUAGAAGACAAAAUUUAAUUAAUUAAAGACCAAGGCAAAUUUAAAAAAAAUAAUUUUUAAUUGACGAUUAUCUUUCAGAUUCUACAUCAUUUCAAUUAUUAGAUUUUAAUUAAAGAGAAGUAUAUAUUGAAUAAAAGAAAGCCAAUUAUCCUUUAAAAAUAUUAUAAAAUAAAGUUAGAUAUGGAUAUGAUAUUGAUAUUUCUGAUCCUGAAUCUUUUUAAUUGCUUGAAAAUAAAGAAGAAUAUUUAAAAAAUAAAGAAAAGCUUUCUUUAUUUUAAGAUAUAUCAGAUAUAGAAGCUUUUUUAGCAAUUUCAGAUGUGGAAGAAUACAUUAAUCGAAAAAAAGAAGGAUUAUUUUGUAUUUCAAAAAAACUUGCAAAUUAAGAGAAAUAUGAAGCCUUAAAAUAAUAACGAUACCAAGCAUAAUAAAGAUUAGAUGAAUUAAAUCUAAUAAGACAUGAUCUUUUAGAUUCAAAUGCAUUUCGCCUUUUAAAAGAUGAAUAAUGGAAAGUUAGAAAAUAAUAAUUGAUAGAAUAAAAAUAGUAGUAACAAAUAAAAUAUUCUGAGUCAGUAGCAUUUCAACUAUUAUCUAUUGAUAAAAAAAAUGAAAGAAAAAUUUUAGAAUAGAAAGAGAUAGCUAAGAAGAAUAUUUUAAAUCCAUUUUUAUUUGAAAAUUAUUUGAAUCCAAAUUCAAGUGUUGCUUUCAGACUAUUAUAAAAUAAAGAUGUUGUUUAUAAUAAAUUAUCUUUAGCAUAUACUUUAUUAAAGGAUAAAAAUUUAAGGGAUUAGUAAUUAAAAGAAUUGAUUAUUUAUCCUUGGGAGAAGGUAGAGAGCUAUAAAGAAAAAUCAAAUUUAUUAUAAUUAAAAUUAAGUCGAUAUGAAAAAGAGAAGUAAGAUUAAGGUAUAGUAGAUUUUUCAGAUUAUGAAGCAUAUCUUCUUUUAGAUGAAGAUCAGUUAAAGGAUUAUAAAAAUAACUCUUAUUCUUUAUUAGAUGAUGAAUAAAAGUAAAUUCAUAGGAGAAUUAUGAAAUCUAAAUUAAAAUCUGAUUCAAAUCAUUCUGAUCUUGAAUCAUUUAAUUUACUUAGUGAUGAUUCUAAAUAAAAAUAUAAUAAAAUGAAAAUUUAAGAUGUUUCUGAUUAUUGUGCUUAUGACGCUUUAGAAAAUAAAUAAUAAUAUGAAAUUGAGAAAUAGAAUAAAAUAACACAUUUAAAUUAAAUUGAGGAAAAUGGAUAUAAGAUUUAUUUUGGAUAAACUCCUUAAAUAUUUACUAUUUAAGAAUACGAAGAUUUUAUAAAUAAUUAAAAAAAGAUUUAAAAAAAAAUUGAAGAAGAAGAAUAUGAAUAUAUCAAAAAAUAAUAAGAAGAAGAAAAAAGAAAACAAAAAAAAUGUGAUUUACCUAGAAAAUUUAUUAUUUAAGAUUUAAUACAAAAUCCUCAUUCAUAACAUUUUGCUAUUUAUGAAAAAGUUUAACAAAACAAAAAAUUACUUGAUAUUAGGUCAACUAUUGAUAAAAAUUUUAAUUUCGAGUUUGAUAAUGAAUUGUUUUAAAAAUUACAAAAUAAUUAAUUUAAAGAUUACUGUUCAAAAGUUAUAAAUCAUUAAGGAGAUUAAAUAGAUAAAAUUAUGAAGUGUCAAACUGAUAAUUUAAAGAAACCUUUAACAAAAAUAUAGAAUGAACGUGUAGUGUUAAAUGUUUUUAAAAGUAUAACUAAAUUUGCUCAUAUGAAAAGAUCGAGUGUAACUACAAAAGAGCAUUUAGAAAGAAUUGUAUGUAAUUUGAUAGGAACAAAUGCAUAAAUUGAAUUACCUCCUCCACCAAAAAGUUUAUAAAGAUCCUAAGCUGUUGAUAUGGAUGCCUUAAAAAAAUCGAUGGAAUUUGAAAUUACUAGUAAACAAUUUAACGAUGAAGUCUAAAUUGAAAAUAAUUAAGAAAUAAGAGAAGAAAUAUUUUUAUAAUUAUUUAAAUAAAUUGAAGGAAAUACAAAAGAUCACCUUUAUUAUUUAUUAAGAUUAUGUAUAGUAAUUACUCAUUGUAUUCCUUUAAUGCAUCCACUUCCAUUCAUUUAGUAUUUAAUUGAAUAAUUAUAAAAGCCAGAAAAUAAGCUUUUUAAAGAACCAGAAAUAUGUAAAUAUACUAAAUAAAUAAUUAAAAAUUUAUCUGUUAAUACAGAGGAGAAAGUGUUUAAAGAUGAAAUUAAAACAUAAUUAAUUCCAAGAGUUUAUUUGCCAUCAAAAGAGGAAAUAUAAUUAAUGUUUGAAUGCAAAUAACCAAUUGUAAAAUUGAUGAUUCAUAGUGAUACUCCAUUAUGGAUUGAACUAGAGCAUCAUUAUAGUGUUUAAUAAGUUAUUAAAUAAAUUUGCAAUCUCAUUAAUUAGUAGAAUAAUUGGAUGUUUUUUGGUUUAAUGGUUGCCUAAUCCAGAAAUGAACGUGUUUUCAAUACUUUAUAUUUAGAUGAAUCUGCAAACUUUUUUGAUAUUUUAAAUAAAUUAGAAUUUCAUGAAGAAAUAAAUAACAAUGUUUAUAAGCUUAAUAAAAGAUUUCAAAUUUAUAUAAGAAUUAAAGAGUAUUUUUAAUUUGAGGAGGAUGAUUAAGAUUUGCUAGAUUUAUUAUUUUAUCAGUUGUCUUUUGAUGUGAAAAGAGGCUGUUUUAAUAUAAAAGAAGAUGAACUUUCAAUAUUAUAAGAACUGGAGAUUUAUAUUAAAUAUGGAGGAAAUUCAAUUAGUUCUAAAUAUAAUUUGAAAGAUAAAAUGGCAGCAAAGUAUAUAUUUAUUAAAUAUUUUAGACUUUAAUAUCUGAAAGUUAUUCAAUUAGCAAGUAACAUCAAUCUACCAAUAUUUCAAAAAUGA